UAUCUGGUUUGCUAAUUCUUAUCUAGAUUAGAAUUAGCAAAGCCUCAUCUAACUCCUACACUAUUUAAUUGAUGGAAGAAGAUCGCCUCCCUUGUCGCCUCGCUCAUGGCGGCGGCUAGAGCCGCGAGGCACUUUUUUUAGGGGUGAGCCGCGAGGCACCUAUAACCGAGUAAAACAGGAUCAGGAACCUACAACUCGCAGCGAGCGAAGGAACCUCGCUACAGGGCCGGCCCAUGGAGGGCGAUUUCGAUCGUCUCUCGUGGAAGGAGGAGGGAACCGCCUUUGCCGGCGCCGGCCAAGGCUCCUCUCCGCUUCCUCCCCCCAUUAUCGUCCCUUCCUAGUAUAGAUUCAAGCUCCUCAAUUCGGUUUGGUUCCAGCUUAUGAAUCGAUUCCGGAAUCCCCUCCCAGAACCAGUUGGAGUCGGAUCAGAGUCAGAGGCCCCUACAACUCCCCCACAAAAAAAGGGUUCAGGGUGUCAGCACCCUGAGGCUCGAAAUCCUCAUUGGAUUCAAUAAUACUGACAACACGCGCCGCCAAGUUUGUAGAUCGCAGUCAUGGAUCGGUUUCAGCAGUCCAAGGAGGAAGAUAGGCUCACCGCGCUGACCGACUAUGUUUUGCUCAAUAUCUUGGGGAGAGUCGGCCUAAGUACGGCGGCAAGGACGAGCGCGCUGUCGACCCGGUGGAGACAGCUGCCUUGGUUGCUGCCUGAGCUCAGCAUUGAUGUCAUGGAUUUCCUACCCACUCCACACGCAGACCUAGUUGAGGAAGAUGACAUGCUCAGAGCGAUGGCGUCUCUGACCCAAGCAGUGAGGAGUUUGUUUACUAGACCUCUGAGGGGAUGCACCGUCAUGAAGCUGCAACUUAAGCUCUACUUGAUCGACUGUUUCUCGAGCGAUAUCGGCCCACUACUAUCUGACGCUAUUGACGCCGGUCUACUCAAAGAUCUGGACCUUACCGUUCUUGAUGAGACAGAUUACCAAUGUUAUCCGUACAUGCGAAGCCUUGCCAAACGCAUGUAUGAGUUUUCCGGUGCCUACCCUAGUGUGCUCCAUUGCCUCACAAGACUCUCUAUAUGCAACAUGUGUUUUGACCAAUUGGACAUGCACCAUAUCCUAUUUGACUGCUGCAAACAACUCAAGCAUCUAACCAUGUCUAACUGUGAUGCUGGUUGUUGGUCCCUGUUGAAGAUAGACACACACAACUCAAACCUGAAAGUCUUGGAGCUCGACGACAUGUGUUGCUUUGAGAGAAUUGAGGUUGUCUGCCUUCCCAAGCUGGAGAAGCUCCAUUGGGAUACUUGGAUAUCUGAAUAUGCCCCCUUGUCUUUUGGUUUUGCUCCGUCCCUCGUGGAAUUACACCUCUCAAAUGCCUUCAGGAUUAAACAGCAUGAAAUUAAAUUAAGUCAGCUUCUACAUGGAGCCGCAGGCAUACAUACUCUGACAUUGGAUUUCCAAGGAGAAAAUAUCUGGCUGCAGCCUGAAAUAAAAGAACUGUCCUCCACAUUCAGCAAGCUAAGGAAGCUAUUCAUACUAGAGGUCUUUUUUGAAUUUGACCUUCUAUGGAUUACAGCAUUUCUUGAGGCGGCUCCUUCUGUUGAAAUAUUGCUUAUUGGGGUACAUGAACAUGUAUACGAAUUCGGUGUUCAGAGUGGACCUGAGAGUUUUCCUGAAACAACUAAUCCUCAGUGGGAGAUGGACUUCGGCGGCUCGAUGAACUUGCUACUGAAAGAGCUCCAAAUUUUCGGGUUUAGACCGCUAGAGCAACAGCUGACUUUUAUAAGAGCGAUGCUGGAGCGAGCCCCCAAUCUGCGGACGGUGGUUCUGAAGGAUGUCGAUCAUUGUGAGGAUUGUAAUGCCCUUGCCCUCAGUGCGCAGCCCGGUGCGUUGCCAUGGCCUGUGUUUCCCAAGAACAAGGAUGAGCGAGACACGGUGGUCAGGCGAGUCAUGGAUGGCACGUCCUUCUUAGGACGGAUAAUUUUUCAGACUUUCAGUGAUUGGCAAGCCGUAGGUUUAGAUAGAGUAACUAUCAUCUCUAAACAGAGUAGAAAACUAGAAAUGCAACAAAACAGAAAAGAUGUAGUUGUUUCUAUCAUUAAAUGGCAUUUUUGUAGGGCAACACUCGGACAGGAACUUGGUGCUCUCCGGUACCCAUGCACCCUAUAUGCGCCAAAAAGUUUAAUAAUUCAAAAAAGGUGCAAAAAUUCCCAAAUCUUUUUUGAAUCAAACAUGAUCAGGGAUUUCUUAUCUGUUUCCACCACUGACCCUAUCGAGGCAAAUGAUAUGGAGGAAGCAAUGGUGUCUUUGACCAACGCAACAAGGAGAUUGUUGGAUAAACAACAGACAGGAACCACUGUCAUGAACCUCGAAAUGAAGCUAUACUUGAUCAACAACUUCUCAAAUGAUAUCGGCCCGCUGCUGUGCGAUGCUAUCGACGCCGGUUUUUUGAAAGAUUUGGAUCUUGCCAUUCUCGACGAGACUGAUGCCCCAGACUGUUAUCCGAUCGCAUCCCUGUUGGGAGAAGCCGCCGGUUGCUCUUCUGGAACGCGCUCGUGCGCUGCAUACUGGCGCGCGACGUACGCGGACAGCUGGUUGUCGCUGCAGUAUGGAAUCCCCUGGCGAGGCUGCGGCUCCGACGAUGAACGUCGUGUGCACCGGCUGGAAAUUGAUCUGUACGUGGAUGCAAUCUGGUUGCAGGGGGCUCGCCGCGUACUGGCCGUGGAGUUCCCUCCCGCGGCGGUGCAGGAGCCCGUGCACCAUCGUCUGUUUGAGCGAGGGAUCCAGGAAGCACGUCGGGUGGCGUGA